GAAUAAUCUGCUGAAGCUUAGAAAAUGAAACACAGCCUUUCACAACGUAGAAGCUGUCUUUUUACGAUGAUGAUCUUCAUCCUGUUUGGACUGGCCAUGACACAAGGUGUUUCUCACGUCAACUUCGAGCCUAAAGAGUUUGCUUAUCUCAACAUCACAAGAAUCAGCUCACAACUUGUCCGAAAGGACAUCGAGUGUGGAUUUGCCUGUUUGGAAAUCACUUCAUGUUUCUCUUAUAACCUGGCUGCAUUUCCCGAUGCCAAUGGAAAACUGUCAUGUGAACUGCUUCCAUCGGACAAGUAUAACAACUCAGACAAAUUAAUCUACAGCCCGAUUUUCAACCAUUUCAGUAUCCCGAACCCUUUGUUCACCAAUCACAGACCAUCAAUUGAUAGAGGUGUUUAA